GCAGUAAAGCUUUGUAAAUUGAAUGUUACUUUCAACGCAGAAAUUUGAUGGAGCCUCAAAUGGAUACAUUUGAAACUUCCUCCUCCUUUCAUGUUUAGUCAUUGAAGACUUUUAGCAAAGUAGUGUCGGGGCCAACGCUCACUCCCGUUUGGCUGGUUCUACAUAUUCUAAACGUAGCAGUAGUUAAAUUAACAAGGCAAACGAGCAUGGGAAUGGGAUGGCUAAUCUCAAAUCUCUUUCAGUGAUCUGUUUGGUUGGAAACAAUCUGUUUGCUUCAAUACCAGAAUUCUUCGUGGAACUAAGGAACUUGGAUUCUCUACAGCUUGCUACCACUAAUUUGCAAGGAGAAGUUUCAGAGAAGAUCUUCCAGGUACUUACACUAAAGACUUGACUUACUGAUCAACCCAUUUCUUGAAGGAUCAAUAAGUUUCAUGGGCUAAUUAGUUGCCUAGAUGACAAUUCUUCCUGGCCACUGCUUCAAAUUAUCGAUCUUGCUUCCAAUCAGUGUAAGGAAGAACUGCCUUAUCAUUGGUUAAGAACCUGGAAGGCAAUGAUGGUUGCUUCGGAUGAGCUCAAAGUCCUUGUUUUGGAGGAAGAUGUUCAUUUUGAACUUGAUCAUAACAAUAGAAUCUCUAAAAGAUGUUAUGGUAAUUCUUUCACAAGAAAUACCCAAAUCUGCAAGGAUUCUGAAGGAUGUUAUGGUAACUUUGCCACAAGAGAUACCCAAAUUUGCAAGGAUAGUAUUGUGUAUACUACUUUGAGGAGAGAUGUGGAGAGAGGUAACAAUAUUUUCUCCCAAGGAAUCUAUUAUCAAUAUGCAGUGACAAUUAACAUUAAAGGUUCUGAGAGAUGGUUGGUGAAAAUCUUAAGUCUCUUCACAUCUGUCUACUUUUCAUGCAACAAGUUUGAAGAGCAGAUGCCAAAGGUUUUGGGGGAGUUCAGGGCACUCUAUCCCUUCAACUUGUCACAUAAUUGUUUCAUAAGUCUAAUCCCUUCAUCCCUAGGAAACCUACAAAAUCUUAAAUCUUUGGACCUUUCUAAUAACAACCUGAGUGGUGAAAUUCCUCAGCAGCUGGGAGAUCUUAAUUUUCUUGCAGUCCUUAACCUCUCAUGCAAUCAACUUGAAUGAAGAAUCCCAAGUGGAGGACAGCUUCAAACAUUUUUAGAAGAUUCCUUUAAAGAUAACAAAGGAUUAUGUGGGAUGCCCCUGAAGGAAAAUUGCAGUGUUAAUGUAUUGCAACCAUCCAAAGACAAACAUUCAAAUGAUGGAACUCAUAUUGAUUGGAAUUUCCUAAGCGUUGAAUUGGGAUUUGUUUUUGGCUUAGGAAUUGUCAUUCUACCACUUAUGUUAUGCAAGAGAUGGAGGGUGUGGUAUUGCAAACAUACUAAUGGUUUUCUUUACCGGUUCUUCCCUCGAUUGAAUUAAAAAAUCAGAAAUUGUGGAAGGAGAGCUCCUAAGAGUACCAAAACACAGUUGAGGAACAAGCAACGGUGAGGGGCAUUGCAAGCACGGUUCUUGAAACUUUAGUCUAUGUGUUUUAUGCCUACUUCUUUUCAAUAUCAAACUUGUACUUGUUGCAAAGUGGCAUGUGAUUUAUGUUUUGCUUUGUAUUGAUGUGUUGUAUGUUGUAAUUAUUUUAUCAGUAGUACAUGUGUUAUUGUCAA